AUGACUGAUCUUACACCGGUUUUCCAAAAAUAUAUCAAUAUUAUAAAAAGCGAAUACCCAGAAAGGGUCCAUAAACUGCCAGCAGAUGCCCAUUCAAAGCAAUUGAAAUCAAAGUCAGCUCUUCAAUUGAAGGAUACAUUUAUCAAAGAAUGUUAUGAUCUUCUGAACUGCCUUAUAGAACUGAAAAAAAUACUAAGUUCCAUAGAAUCACAGUAUAAGUCUGAUGUUGACAUGACAGAAUUAGAAAAAGAUGAUUUUGACACAGAUUUUAGACUGCAAUUUCAAAAGUAUAUUCAAAAAUUUCAAUUAUUGGAAAAGUAUGAAAAUGAGAGGCAAAAUUUAAUCAAUGAAAGAGUAAUUAAUCCUCACAAAAGUAAUCUAUCAUUGGGAAAUCUAUUCCAUAUCCAUGGCUCUUCAGCAUCCGACGAUGCCUCUUCUAUAAUUUCAUUCCAUGUGACAAAUAAUAAGUUCAGAUUAGGUGUAUUACAGUCAUUGAAUUUAUUGAUUGGCGUUGUAUCUUCGAAGUUUACGGCUAUGCAACAAGAUAGGCUGGAAUCACAAAGAAAAUUCGAACUGUUCGAUUUUAACUCUGGUAUACAUACAUCAUCUAAUAUAAAUGAGCAAAUUAUAACACCUGCAACAAGUACGAUAGAUACUAAUGAUAUUGUAAGUGCGACUAGUUUAACUGUAUCACAAAGUAAUCCAGUGGAAACCGUACAAGACGAAGUUAAACUAUAUGAAGAUACUGUAUCCAAGUUGACUGGUGAGCAAUUACAGAUAUUACAAAGCGAACAUGAAGAAUUAUUGAAUGAUAAAAAUGAUCAAUUGGCCAAAAUUGAAAAAAUCAAUAAAUCAAUUAUGGAUAUAGUCUCUGUACAAACAGAUUUGGCUGCUCAUUUGCAAAUUCAAUCUCAAAAUAUUAAUAAUAUCUUAGACAAUCAAGAUGAUAUUGAAGUUAAUAUUAGGCAGGGAAAUAAACAAUUAAAUAAGGCUAAAAAGGCCGCGGGCAGAACAGCAAAAUUAACAACAUAUCUUGCCAUUUUCUUUGGUAUAUUGAUCUUAUUUUUAGACUAUAUAUCUUAG